AUGUUUGCCAAAACUACUCUCAUGAGCGCGCUGCUCAGCGCUGCGUCUGCUGAAAUCAUUUGGGACGGUCGCUUCAACGAUAUGACCUCCUCCAGCGAACUCUCCAACUGGUCUUUCUCCAACCCCGUCGGCAGCUACCAAUACUACAUCCACGGUUCGGGUCCCGUAACCGACUACGUCAACCUCGACGCCACUUUCAAGAACCCUGCCGACACAGCUUCUAAGCAAGGUGUCAAAAUCACCAUCGAUGAGACCGCGAAGUGGAACGGCCAAACAAUGCUGCGCACAGAGCUCAUCCCAGAGACCAAGGCCGCCAUCAACAAGGGCAAGGUCUACUACCACUUCUCCGUCAAGACAACGGCUGAGAACGCGCCGACUGCCACCAACGAACACCAGGUCGCUUUCUUCGAGAGCCACUUCACCGAGUUGAAGUACGGCGCGUCUGGUUCUUCCAACACCAACCUGCAAUGGCACGUCGGUGGCGUCUCUAAGUGGGACGUUGAGCUCGUAGCUGACGAGUGGCACAACGUUGCCUACGAAAUCGACUUCGAUGCCGGUUCCGUCGCAUUCUGGCACUCUACAGGUGCUGAUGAGCUGAAGCAGACAGCUGGUCCAUUCGAUGCCAGCACCUCUUCCAACGGUGCGGACUGGCACCUUGGUGUCCUAAGGCUGCCGGGUAAUGCCGACAAGGAUGGUGCUGAGGAUUGGUUCUUCAGCGGUGUAUACAUUGAGGAUGGUGAGCUUACUACCAAGGUUGGUAGCGGAGCUGCUGGUGCGGCCCCGGAGAAGCCCGCUGCCAGUGCUGCCGCGCCCUCCAAGGUUGUUUCUUCUGCUGCUCCUGCUGCUACUUCCUCCAAGGCUGCUGUUGCUCCAGCCUCCUCCAGCGCUGCGACUGUUGAGACUCCCGUCCCCUCUUCCACCGCCGCUGCUUCCUCCAUCGCUGCUCCUGUAGAGACCCCAGCUGCCUCUUCUGCUGCUGCCGCUUCCAGCGCUGCUCCCGUCGAGACUCCCGCUGCUUCUUCUACUUCCGUUGCCGCUCCUGUCGCUACGCCUACUGCUGGAGCUGGCUCUGACGCUAAGCUACCCGAAGAGUUCACCAUCAGCCAGUUCGUCGCCUGGCUCAAGGCUAAGACUGGCAAGAACUAA